AAGGAGUUUCUGAAAACAGUCGAACUUGCCUCCAAUUAUCCGAGCCGCGCGUCACGGAAAGAGUUGCAGUGCGUUUAGGAAUAAACUGACGCAAUAGGGCCCAACAAAAACGUACCAUGAUGGAUGCUACUGAUCUUUAGAAGCGUUCUACCCGCUCUCUGUUUCACUGCAUUUUGGGACUGGUUUGCAGAUGCACAGGAACCUGUUUACGUGGAAAAACGCAGCAAGUUAAGAGUCUGAGGGAAUGCGGUGUGGGCUGGAAUGUCCGAGGACACGAUUACUCAUCCGUCUGUUUUUGUCCGCGCCGGAUCACUUUGUCUUGGAAAUAUGUUUGCCUUGGAAGACUUGUAGGCUCCUCUGAUGAAGCUGAAGAGCGAUAAAUGAACAACACCUUCAAAAAGUGCGGUUUAAAGAAGAUUUUACUAAUCGAUAGAGUUGUCGGAGGAGGAGUUUGAAGAAAGGAGUUAUGGUUUGAACCAUGUUGUUUUUGUUAGUUGAAGUAGACAGAUUGCACAUUAUGUCGUAGUUUAAAAGGAGGAUACAAGGCAAGAACAGAGAAGGAUCCUAAAUGGGCUGAUAAUGUUUAAUUAGGUGUUAUUUAGACUUUUUAUUUCUAUUUAGAGCUAGUGUUUGAAAGUAGGGCUAACGGCAUCACAGUCAAGAAAGUCAUACUGUAGCAUUUCUUAGUGCUGUUAAAUGUUUCCUUACAGUAUAAGCUAGGCUUUCAGGCAUUGUGUUUAUGUAGAAACUGAAGGUUUGAAACCCAUUUGUAUUUCAUUAUGUCAGUAAAAGGUGUUGCCAUUUACCCUUUCUUUAGUGAAAACAAAGAGGAGAUCAGUAUCCAGGAAAAUGAGGAAGUGGUUAUUUUUGAUGAGAACUCAGUCGAUGGUUGGGUGCUUGGGGAAAACAGCAGAGGAGAAAGGGGGCUCUUCCCAAAAUCUUAUGUGAAGAUUAUCCGCACCCGCUCAGACUCCAAUGUGACUGACUGUUCCAUAAGUCCGGCAGGCUCUAUAGGAAAGGAGUCCCCCAAUCUGCCAUCUACACCAAACACCUCCAUUAAUUCAGUGCAGAUUUAUGAUGAAGACUACUACGACGAUUGGGAUGACUGGGACGACAGAUCUACAGUGGUGGAUGAUGCUGAUAACAUUAACGUUAGCAGUAGUGGAGCUAACGGGCAUAUCUAUCAGGCACAAUCAUCUAAUAAUCCCAAUGUGCAUUACAGGAGCAAGGCAAUAUCAAGACAAGACAGCAUCGCCAGCUCCAGAAAGGGUAGUAUGGUGGGCAGAAACUUGAACAGAUUUUCCAGCUUUGUCCGCUCAGGGGUUGAGGCGUUUGUGCUUGGUGACGUCCCCAUGAUGGCAAAGAUUGCUGAGUCUUAUACCAUUGAGAUGGGUCCACUUGGGCCUCAAUGGAAGGCAAACCCACAGCCUUUCAUCUGCUCUGUUGAAGACCCAACCAAACAGACAAAGUUCAAGGGGAUCAAGACCUACAUAUCGUACCGUGUGACACCGAGCCACACUGGCCGACCAGUUUACAGACGCUACAAACACUUUGACUGGUUGUACAAUCGUUUGUUGCACAAGUUCACUGUAAUCUCUGUGCCUCACCUCCCAGAGAAGCAGGCCACUGGCCGCUUCGAGGAAGACUUCAUCGAGAAGCGCAAGAGGCGGCUCAUUCUGUGGAUGAAUCAUAUGACCAGUCACCCAGUACUCUCCCAGUAUGAAGGCUUCGAGCACUUUCUGAUGUGUGCGGACGAUAAACAGUGGAAGCUUGGUAAGAGAAGGGCAGAGAAGGACGAGAUGGUGGGGGCCCAUUUCAUGCUGACCCUUCAAAUCCCAAAUGAGCACCAGGACCUUCAGGAUGUAGAGGAGAGGGUUGACAACUUCAAAACCUUCGCCAAGAAAAUGGAUGACAGUGUGAUGCAGCUCACAAAUGUUGCUUCAGAGCUAGUUCGUAAACACCUGGGGGGUUUCAGGAAGGAGUUCCAGCGGCUCGGUAAUGCCUUCCAGUCUAUUAGUCAUGCCUUUACGCUGGACCCUCCCUACAAGUCAGAUGCCCUAAACAACGCCAUCUCCCACACUGGCUGCACCUAUGAAAACAUUGGAGAGAUGUUUGCAGAGCAACCCAAGAAUGACCUCUUCCAGAUGUUGGAUAAGCUCUCGCUCUAUCAAGGCCUGCUGGCAAACUUUCCAGACAUCAUUCAUCUACAGAAAGGUGCCUUUGCCAAAGUGAAGGAGAGCCAGCGGAUGAGCGACGAAGGGAAAAUGGACCAAGAUGAAGCAGAUGGCAUUAGGAAACGCUGCCGGACUGUGGGCUUUGCCCUCCAAGCAGAAAUGAGCCACUUCCAUCAGCAGCGAGAGGUGGACUUCAAAGAUAUGAUGCAAGCCUACCUCAGGGAGCAGAUAGCCUUUUACCAGCGUGUUGUACAGCAACUGGAGCGCACCUUGCGCAUGUACGACGGCCUUUAAGGACACAUAACUGACCCCUGGGUCCAGAUGUCAAAACUUAAAGAAAAAGAAUCAAUGCUGACGUAUUUUUAUCAGGGCUGUUGGUGGAGAUUGAAUCUGAAUCCAAAGAAUCCAUUUUAAAGACUUACUGUAUGUUUUAAUAGGCAAAGUCAGUAUAUUUUUAAUAAUUUAAUAUGUUUGUUACAUUAAAAUUACACUUUGUGUAUCACACAGGUUCUGUAGGGUCACACAUCAAAUUAAGCCAUAAAACUGGUCCUGUGUGUUUCCCCUUCUUUUAAACGUCAGUGAUUUCUUCUGGGGUGAGUUCAGAGCUGUAUCUUCAAAAUGAUCUUAAACCAAAAUUGUUAAAAAGAAAGACAUUUUUUUAUUUUUUACUUUUAUAUUGGCCUAUGGAAUUAUCCAGUUUUAUAUCUGGAUAUCUAGAUCCAGGACUUAAAUUUUGCUGAGAGCACAUCCUGCUCACUUUUUCACUGCUUUAACCUUCAUGUCACAAAUGCCUUGGCACGUUUUAGGACUACUAAAAUUAGGGUUAGGGCAGUAGUGUUCUUGCAAUUUGUACUUUUAGAGAAACUUUACCUUUGUAUGGAAUCUUUUGUAAGUUUACCAUUUUGUAAUCUUGUAUUCUGUGGGGUGGGGGUAGUUAUCAGUAUGAGUUAGGUGCUGGGAAAAGUUUGCACAUGUAAGGUCAUAGUUUGUUUAAUGCUAUGUGGCAGAAGUUUUAAGAUGAUUCAAAAGCUCUGCUUAACUCCCUGUUACAUAGCGGAGAAACCAAAAUGAAUAACUUUUUAUGUUGCAGCAAUUUGGAAAUAUGUCAUGGAAACUGUGGUGUGAAAAGACAUGCGCUGUCUUAAGUGCAGAUGAAAGGAAUGAUGGCACUUCAUGUCUGUCCAUUAAAGAGAUCAAACUAUG